CUCGCGCGCGGGCUAUUUGUGAGCCGGUUCGCCUGCGCAGAAAGUGGGUCGCCACACCGGCAUAUUUAAUGGAAAAAGUUCACUCUUAUUAAGAUUCAGUUUGUAGCCAGAAAAAUUAUUGAACUGAGCGAGCAAGAAUGUUACUACAGGAAUGGAUUUGUCAGGAUUAGAGAUAUAUAGUAACAAAUCAUCUGCACAUAGUGAUAAUUUAUGUAUCUCAUUCCCACGGUAAUAACAGGUCCUGACGAAGGGUCUCAGCCCGAAACGUCGACAGCGCUUCUCCCCAUAGAUGCUGCCUGGCCUGCUGUGUUCCUCCAGCAUUUUGUGUGUGUUGUAAUACCAAGUAUAUUAGGUGAAUCUCGAAUAGCAAUAGCUAAGGGUUCUAAGGCAAUAUCAAAUAGUAAUGGGCUAACAGGACAGGCCUGCCUGGUGAGUGAGGCCAGUCUCUGCUCUGGCUGUCCCUCUGACACCGUCUCCACCCCUUCCCGCCUCGCUCUCUCGCACAGUCCGUCACUCUGUCUCCACCCCUUCCCGCCUCUCUGUCUUUCUGCGCCAUUCUCGGGCAGGUCGGGGCGCUGUGUUUAAAAGCAGACAGCAGCGGUCAGUUCGUUAUUGAGUAGCGUCUGCAGUUCAGGGGCAAUAUGUCUGGCAGAGGAAAAGGAGGCAAAGGACUCGGCAAAGGUGGAGCCAAGCGGCACCGUAAAGUGCUCCGUGAUAACAUCCAGGGCAUCACCAAACCAGCCAUCCGCCGUCUGGCUCGGCGUGGCGGCGUCAAGCGAAUCUCGGGUCUAAUCUACGAGGAGACCCGCGGUGUACUGAAGGUCUUCCUGGAGAAUGUGAUCCGCGACGCCGUCACCUACACGGAGCACGCCAAGCGCAAGACAGUCACUGCCAUGGAUGUGGUGUACGCUCUGAAACGCCAGGGCCGCACUCUCUAUGGCUUCGGCGGUUGAGGAAUUCUAUUGGUUCUAAACACAACACAAAGGCUCUUUUAAGAGCCACCCACCACCUCACAGAGAGAGCAGUGACCCCGAGCAGAAAUAGACGACCUUUAGAAUUAUUUAUCGGUGAGGCAAUCUU